CCUGUUUGACAAGUUUUUACAAAAAAAACAUGUAAAUACACAGGUGGCAACGACAUGGGCUAGCUUAUGGUUUAUGUAAAUAAAACAGAAGUGAAACCGUGUCACAGUGUUCCGUUUACACACACACAGUCAGACGCAAUGUUUGACAGAUAGUUGGAGGGAGGACUGGAUUUUAAUACGAGGUGACGGCUGCGCAGUCAUGCCUCAGCUGUCGGCCUCCGCGGUGCUGCAGCUCGUGUUGCUGCUCUCCGCCUUGCCCGCGCAGUACCUCAUCUCCCGGUGGAGCGGGUCCACGGCUGCGCAGCGCUACCACGCCACCACACGGUUGCUUCGAAUCUGGAACGAGUGGAGAAGAUCUUACUUCGAUGGCACUGCUUGGGUGGACUGGGCAAACCAGCAGAUGUCCAAAAUCCAGUCUUUUGUUGGCCUUGGGCAGGAUGAGCAACCACCAGAAUCACUCGCCAUAGAGAGCAUGCUUUAUGACAAUGAGGAGGGAUACUUUGGAGCCUCCAAGAUAGCCCGCAGCCCUCGUCCUCCGUAUGUGUUUCUGCGGGUCGGAGAAGUGGUGAUGGAGUUGAAAGGCAAUAUGAUUGGGGUGGUGGUGAGCUGGGACCCUGAAAUGCGAGCCCCUCCGGAGUGGGCCGAAAGUGUGUAUUCCAGCUAUGAGGGCAUCAAAGCAGAGACACCUCAUUACAAAGUGCUGUUCAGCGGGCCUGGACCCACCUCUCUGUUAGUUGGAUACUUGCCUCAGACUCAACUGAAGCGCGUCACCAGGACGAGGCCGGACAUUCCCACCUUGGAGAAUUACUUCACACAUUUUGAUGGGGAGCGUUUCGUCAUGCAGCCCUGGCUCAAAAAGCUCUACCCUGAGGACGCGGUCGAGGACGUCUGACCUCUUCAGCUGUAGCAUAUUUUCUGUACAAAUAUUGACCCUAGAGGUCAAGAUUUGGACAGGUCAAACAUAAUUGUCAAAUCCCUUCUUUUUGAAGGGGAACAGCUCUCAGUUAUCCAGGUUUGAUUUCUUUGAGAUGUAAAAAUAGACAGUAUUCUAAUUUUAUGUGCCAAAAAAAUAGAACAGAUAGAAACACUGAAUUUAAUGUUUGCCUGAUUUCAAGAGUUAAAUGACAAAAGUAAAUGCUUGUAAUGACAAAACUAUUUUUUUUAAAUCAAUGUAGUUUUUCCCCCAUGUAGUUUUUGUGUUAGCUGAGGUAGAAAAAAACUGCACUUUUAUUCAGCCAUUACAAAUAAGCAAUAAAAUACUUUAAAACUGUGA